GGCAGGAAAACGAAACACGAACGCAGUGAGAAGAGCAAUAUUAUCUCUCAUGUCUCAAAGAGACUUUGAAGCUUGCAUAAUUUAGAGAAGUCGAAAGGAAAGAAACGAGUUUGGUAGCAAAAUAAGUGAAAUCGGCAAACGGACUGAUAUCGAUAGCGACAGGCCCUCCGAAUACGUCGCAGACCACCUAGCCGCAAAGGCAGCGGUUCCGUUGUAGGGCUGGUGCUCCAUUUGCUACUAUACAACUAGAGCUGCGGUCGCAGCCUCUCCUAGCAAAUUUAAGAGAUGUCGACGGAGGGAGGCGUGCCAGGAGAGGGGGGCUCCGACGCCCCCGUGGGUGGGCCGCGGAACCCCCAGCAGAUCGCGGCCCAGAAGCGUGUCCAGCAGUCCCAGGCCCAGGUGGACGAGGUUGUUGGAAUCAUGAGGGUGAAUGUUGAGAAGGUGCUUGAGCGAGAUCAGAAACUUUCAGAGCUGGAUGACAGAGCAGACGCCCUGCAGCACGGCGCCUCGCAGUUUGAACAGCAGGCCGGCAAGCUGAAGCGCAAGUUCUGGUGGAAGAACUUGAAGAUGAUGAUAAUCAUGGGGGUCAUUGCGGUGAUAAUAAUUGUCAUUAUCGGAGUUAACUUUAUGUAACGCCAGUUUGGGCCAGCAGCUAGAGGGUCAGCUGCCACGGGGAGCGCAAGCCUACAUUCCUGCGUUCGAUGUGAUAAAACACGGCUUCUGUCGUCGGUCGGCUUUACCUAUUUCGGGGUGAUUGUCUCUUGAUUUCUGUCGAUUGGCUAGUCAUCGAUGGUUAAUGGAAACGGCAUCUUUCUCGUGUUUGCCGCACAGCCGAGACGUGUAACAUAUUGUACAUGUACUGCGCAGGGCUUGCUCUUCAUAAUUGUCUCCUGGUCUCCGUUUUGGCGUGAUGUGAUCGAUGUCCACUAGCGGAUGUGUAUUAUAUAUACCACCUCAGUAGCCGCAUGAGCGUACCUAGCCGUGUCAUUAUUUAUGUGCGUAUAUAUAUCCACAUACGAUAGAGCGACGGCCGGCCGGGUGAGGUCGGUCGCGCCGCGGCCGCCCUGCGCGCCGUGGCCCGCGCCCGCUCCGGGAUAGUGUAGCGUGCCUGGGUCACGUGUCGGCGCCGGCUAUCACUAAAUAUACGCUAAUGCUAGCAGA